AAACUGAAACGGAGUUGAGGAAAGUUCCUACUGGGCGCAGACAGUUCCUGCCUGCAGAGAGAGAGAGACAGAGGAGUGGAGUGGAGGCUACCUGAGAAUCCUGGUCUGGAGAGGAACAUCACACACUCAUACACACACACACACACACACACACACACACACACACACUCAUUCACUUCUGAAUCCCGCCCGGAUCUAAAUUUCCAGCCACGGAUCCAAAGGUGGAGAGCGCGUUCCCCCUCCCGCCCCUGCACUUCUUCAAGAGAGAGAUGGAGGAGAGCUCGAGCUCGCCCGUGUCUCCGGUGGACAGCGUGGUGACCAGCGAGGAGGAGCUGGACAGACAGCACAACAAGCGCGUGGGCAGGAAGAGGAGACCCAGCAAGAAGUCGAGCGACGAGGGCAGCCCGGGCUCCGCCAAGCGCGGCAAGAAGGCCAGCCCGAGCCGCGCGCACUCCUACGAGGAGCUGCAGAACCAGCGCGUGCUGGCCAACGUGCGCGAGCGCCAGCGGACUCAGUCUCUGAAUGAGGCGUUCGCGUCUCUGCGCAAAAUCAUCCCCACCCUGCCCUCCGACAAACUCAGCAAGAUCCAGACCCUCAAGCUCGCCUCGCGCUACAUCGACUUCCUCUACCAGGUGCUGCAGAGCGACGAGAUGGACAGCAAGAUGUCCAGCUGCAGCUACGUGGCGCACGAGAGACUCAGCUACGCCUUCUCCGUGUGGAGGAUGGAGGGCGCGUGGUCCAUGUCCGCCACGCACUAGCCCAGAGCUGCUGCUGCUGCUGCUGCUGCUGCAGGGACUGUUUACUUUCACUAAUAAUGAAGACACCAAAGGAUUUCUUGAAGAACCUAAUAAACCUCAGUGCCAUGGCCAAGACACAUUGUCGUGUGAUUACAAAAAGUGGACUGGAGCACUCAAAGUGCCUUUACAGAUCACGAUGAACGACAUGAACAAGACAAGAAGAACAUUUUAUACCCAUUACCUAAACGAGAAGAACUGAUUUCACACAUAGAGAAGAGGAACAUUUUAUACUCCCUACCUGAUCAAGAAAAGCUCCAAACACGUCUCCACCUAGUCCAGAGGAUUGUAUUUUUUUUAAAUAUAUUUUUACACCUAGAAUCACUCCUCAACUCGUCUCCAGUUUGGACCAAUUACACAUUUAUCUCUGUCCCCAAGUUAUUCUUCAGUGUCGUUUUGGUAAUAGGAAGGCAAUCUGUUAUUUUUCAACCAAAGAAACUAUAUUUCUCUUUUUAUCUUUAAAUAGAAGAGUUUAUAUAUAUAUAUAUGAAAAUUUGAUAAAAUAAUGUACAUAAUGCUACCUGUGAUUAUUGUCAGCUUUUAAGGCGACCGAUGCAUUUUAGGGCAAUAGCUACUUUUAAAAGUAGGCUACGCUGCAUGGAUUACUGCCUUUGAGUCUGUUUGUUUGUUUGUUUAUUUGUAUGUGUUUUUUAAAGCAAUGACUUCAGAUUCCGUCCAUUACAAUGUGCUUAUUUAUUAAAACCUAUUUUUUGAACAAUGA